GUGACCCGGAGGCUGCGGCAGCUUCUCGUAUAAAUCAGAAAGCAGCAAAGAGCGGAGUGUGAGUCCUGAGUGCGGGCCGGAUCACUCACACUCACUGAGCCACCAUGGCGGGAGCUAUCAUAGAGAACAUGAGCACCAAGAAGCUGUGCCUGGUGGGGGGCGUCCUGCUGCUCUUCCAAGUGCUGGCAUUCCUGGUCGGGGGGCUGAUCGCUCCAAGACCAACCACAUCCGUUCAUUUCUUAGCCGUGAAAUGCAUUGAUAUCCGGAAGGGCCAUCACAGUUCCAAGUGGCUCUUGCCAUGGGGGAAAGACCAGUGUGAGCACAUCCGAGGCUUUGACGAAGCUGCGAGUCGACUUAUCGCAGCCAACGAUAUCGUGUUCUCUGUCCACAUUCCGUUUAGUGGCCAUGAGAUGAGCCCUUGGUUCCAGUUUAUGCUGAUCAUCCUACAGCUCGACAUUGCCUUCCAGUUCAGAAACGAGAUUGUGGAGAAUGCCAUGGUGACCCUGGAUGUGGCAAUGGCUUAUCGUGAUGACACAAGUGACCCGUGGACAGAAAUGGCUCACUCCGUAGAACAGAGAAAGCUGAAGUGUGUCUUGCCGGUCCCCAAGACGGCUGAAAAUGAAGGUCGCUAUUAUGAGUGUGACGUUCUACCACUACUGGAGAUUGGGAGUGUUGCACACAAGUACUACCUACUGAAUAUCAAACUGCCUGUCAAUGACAAGAAGAAAAUUAAUUUUGGAAUUGGAGAAAUAAAGGAUUUGCACCUUGUGGGCAUCUUCCAGAAUGGAGGUUUUACAAAGGUCUGGUUUGCAAUGAAGACGUUUCUCACGCCCAGCAUUCUAAUUAUCAUGAUUUGGUACUGGAGACGAAUCACCCUUAUGACUCGAUCGCCAGUUCUUCUGGAAAAAGUAAUUUUUGCGUUGGGAAUUUCCAUGACCUUCAUUAACAUACCUGUUGAAUGGUUUUCCAUUGGCUUUAACUGGACCUGGAUGCUGUUAUUCGGGGAUAUUCGGCAAGGAAUUUUCUAUGCCAUGCUUCUGUCCUUCUGGAUAAUCUUCUGUGGGGAGCACAUGAUGGAUCAGACUGAGAGGAACCGAAUCUCUGCUUACUGGAAGCAAGUCGGUCCCAUUGCUUUUGGCUCAUGCUGUCUGUUUAUAUUUGACAUGUGUGAAAGAGGCGUUCAAUUGACUAAUCCAUUCUACAGCAUUUGGACGACAGACGUUGGAGCAGAGCUUGCUAUGGCUUUCAUUAUUGUAGCCGGAAUCUGUGCUUGUCUUUAUUUCUUGUUUCUCUGUUUUAUGGUCUACCAAGUCUUCCGGAAUAUUAGCGGCAAACGCUCCACGUUGCCAGCCAUGAACAAGGCGCGCAGGCUGCACUAUGAGGGUCUGAUAUUCCGGUUUAGAUUUUUGAUGAUCAUAACCUUGGCUUGUGCCGCUAUCACAGUUAUCUUUUUCAUCACCACCCAGAUUUCAGAAGGAAAUUGGAAAUGGGGUGAAGUAACAAUUGAACUGAACAGUGCCUUUUUCACUGGCGUGUACGGCAUGUGGAAUGUCUACGUGUUUGCCCUCAUGUUCCUGUAUGCGCCGUCGCACAAGAACUAUGGAGAAGACCAGUCAAACGGAAUGGGAAGCGCAGAAGAACUUCAAUUAACGACCACAAUCCCCAACAUAGAUGGACCGACUGAGGUUUAUCGAUUGGCAGGCAAAGAGUCACAAGAAUAACUCUUGACUUGAAUGGGACAAAAAGUAGACAUUUUAACAGACUAUGUAUCAAUGAAAAAUUAUAUAUGUAAUAAUAUAUCAUUUUGAGUUCCCACUAAAAAUGUUACAUAAAAUAGCCUUAUUUACAAUGUAUUUAUAGAUUGAUUUUUCUCAGUUAGGAUUAUCAUUGAAUUCAUUUGUAUUGUAGCUUUUUAUAUAUAAGAUUUGGUGAACAAGGUGUAUUAGUGUUUUCUUUUUUGUUAUAUCUAUACAUUUUUCACACUAAUGGUUAAAAUACACAUUUCUAUUCAUGUACAGUGUUAUUUCUAGAAUACGUUUUAAGUUACAUGUUUCCACUUGUAAAAGCAAUAUCCAAUAAGCAAUAAAGAUUUUUUUAUUCUAUU